ACCCAGUGGACGAAACCUAGAACUACAGAAUCGAAUCCCAUCAUGCUUUGCCGUGCCCGCCGACCCGAGCGCUAUCGAUGCUAGGCUAACCGCGUUAGCUACCGGGAGCGGACAUGUUGUACCGACCCUUCCUUGAAUAAACAUCGUUGUAAGCGGGGAAUCGGGAGCUAAGGGGAAGGCUCGCAGCGUCGGGCAACCAUGGAUGCCGUCAACGCCUUUAACCAGGAGUUAUUCUCUCUGAUGGACUCCAAGCCCCCGAUCUCUCGGGCGAAGAUGAUCUCCAUCACCAAAUCUGCCAUCAAAGCGAUGAAACUCUACAAACAUGUGGUCCAGAUUGUGGAAAAGUUUAUCAAGAAGUGCAAGCCUGAGUACAAGGUAGCAGGCCUGUAUGUGGUGGAUUCCAUUGUUAGGCAGUCCAGACACCAGUUUGGACCAGACAAGGACGUGUUUGGCCCAAGAUUUACCAAAAACAUUACUGGAACUUUUGAGAACCUCUGCCUUUGCCCUGUAGAAGAUCGGAGUAAGAUUGUGCGGGUGUUGAACCUGUGGCAGAAGAAUGGAGUGUUCAAGAUUGAGGUCAUCCAGCCCCUCUUGGACAUGGCAGCUGGCUCUAGCAGCGCUGCUGCACCAUAUACAGGCACAGAUGAGCCAGGUUCUUCUCCACCUCCAGCCAAAGAGCCAGUUACCGCAGUAACAGCCAACUCAUCUGCUGCUCAGCUGCAAAACUCUGAUGCCUUUGCUGCUGUGGCACAGCUCUUCCAGUCCUCUCAGGGUCAGCAGCUUCAACAGAUGCUCCAGAACUUUCAGCAGCAGCCAGUGAAGCCAGACGCCAACACUCAGCCUCCUCUCCAUACUGUCCAAACACAGGCCCAAAACAUCACCACGGGGCUGGGCGUGGUCACCCCACAACCACUCCUGCCCACCCAACCCGCCCAGCAGAAAACAACCUUUGACAAGAAAUUGCUGGACCGUUUUGACUAUGAUGAUGAACCAGAAGUUGGAGAAGAAACAAGGAAGGAUGACAUCGCAUCGCAGCCCUCCUUUAUGCAGCAGCCUCCAGCCUUCCCACAGCACAUGGAGCACUUUAAACCGCCAAUGAUUAACAUGUCCCAAGACCUCUCACAACAGGUUCCCCUUCCACCUAAUGGCCAGCUCCAGGCCUAUGGUUUACCACCAGGACAAAGCUUCCCAGUUAUGAUGCCUCCUAUGGGACAUGCUCUGCCAGGGCAACCCCUCCUUGGUUCUACUGGGCAUCCAAGCUUCCCAGGGGUAUACCCUCCCCACAAUGCAGCCCAGCAGCAACAGGAUUUGUCGAUGGAUAUGGACCGUUCAUCAAAUAGGGAUGGCAGACAUGGUCAAAGGUCACACUCAGGCUCCAGGUCGCCAAAGCGGAGGAGGUCACGGUCUAAUUCCCGUACACGACGAUCCAGGCACAGGCGAUCCCGCUCGCGCUCCAGAGACCGGCGUCACCAUUCCCCGCGCUCUCGCUCGCAGGAGCGCAGGGAGAGAGAGAAAGAGAGAGAGCGUCGGCAGAAAGGCCUCCCGCCACCCAAGAGCGAGACACUAAGCAUUUGCAGUACAACUCUCUGGGUAGGCCAGUUGGACAAAAGAACACAGCAGCAAGAUGUCGCCUGUUUACUGGAGGAGUUUGGGCAGAUAGAAUCCAUCAAUAUGAUCCCUCCACGUGGUUGUGCCUAUAUUGUCAUGAUACAUAGGCAAGAUGCCUUCAGGGCUCUACAGAAGCUCAGUAGGGGAUCUUACAAAGUUAACCAGAAAGCCAUCAAGAUUGCUUGGGCUUUGAACAAGGGCAUAAAGGCUGAGUUUAAACAGUACUGGGACGUGGAGCUGGGUGUCACCUACAUACCUUGGUCUAAAAUCAGAGAGGACCAGUUGGAGGAGCUAAAAGAAGGAGGAAUACUGGAUGUAGACACCUUAUCACCAGAGUGGAAUGGAGUGAGGAAGACUCUAGACCACCCGGAGGAACUCACCCACAACGGCCGUUCGGAGCCACAGCAGCCCGAGGAGACACAGGUAUUACCUGUAGCUGCUGCAGCUGCUCCUCCUGCACAGGUCCCUCCAAUGCAGCAGCCAAUGGUUGGUGUGGGUUCUCUCCAGCCUCCUGUCUUUCCUGGUCCCAUAGGCAUGCCUCCGCCUUCCUUCCCCCCCGGCGUCCCCCCUCCUCCUUUCAUCAGACCUGGCUUCAACCCCAUGCAGAUGCCGCCAGGUUUCCCUCCCCCAGGUGCCAUGCCUCUAGGUCCCCCGCCUCCUUCCAAAGGGGGAGUUGAGGACCCACCUCUUGACCCAGCAGGUCUGGGCAACAGACCCAAAAAUGACGAGGUCCCAGAGGGUCCCAACAUCUUCAACAACCAGAUGGGACCUAUGGGUAACAAAGUAGGUGUACCUCCAGGUGGACCACCAGGUCCUAUAUCAGGUAUACCUCCAGGUGGACCCCCAGGUGCUCUUCCAGGUGGUCCUCCAGGAAACAUCCAACCGCCCUCUGGUGGUCUGCUUGGCGCACGGCCUGGUAUAAUCCCUCUCCAGCGUCCUCCUGUUCCUCCACUACCACACAUGCAGCGUUUCCCUCCACCCCACGUGACAAGACCCCCUCACCCCAACAUGCCCCCUAUGCCCCCACAGAUGUUGCCCAGAGGACCACAUCCUCAAAUGAUGCACCACGAGCCCCCUCCACCUAAAGGAGGCUUUGGGAUGCCCCCUCCCCACAAUAUAAGGGCUCCUUUCCCUCCACAUGGGCAUGGCCCUCCUCCGCAAGGUCCUCCUCCUCCUUUUAUCAGACCAGGGGGUCCUCGUGGCCUCGAAGCGCCAGAAGAAAUGGAUGGCAGACCAUUCAGAGGAGACAGACCUGGAUUCAGGGACCGAGAGCCAGAGAGGGACAGAGACUGGGAUCGGGACAGAGAUAGAGAGAGGGACCGAGGUUUUGGAGGUGGAAGGCGUCCAUUUGGUGAUGGGGGGAGGGGAGGAGGUGGUGAUAGAAUGGAUGGGAGGGACAGGCUCGGAGGCUGGCAGGAAGAUGGAGGCAAUCACCGGGGAGGAGGAUGGGAGAGAGACAGGGACAGAGAUCGGGACCGAGACCGAGACCGUGAUCGGGAAAGAGACAGACGGGACUGGAGGGAGAGGCGAAGCAGUCUGGAUAGCGACAGGGAAAGAGGGAGGGGUGACGAUGGAGAGAGGGAGCAUGGGAGGGCGGAGGGAGGAGAAAGAGGAAGAGGAGAAGGAGGGAGUCGGGAAAGAGGGAGAGGAACUGAAGGAAAAGAAGGAGACAGGCCAAGGCGGUCAGAACGGCGCGAGAGGACCACGCGGUGGGACAGGGAUGAUCGUUUGGCCGAAUUGGAAAACAUGGACAGAUUUCGGACCUCUAACAGCACAGAGCAACCCUGUGUGACUCCUGUGGUUACCGUGGAAACCAGUAAAGAACCAAGUGUGGAAGCUUCUCAACAAAAGGCCGAAUCUGAACUUGUAGCUCCGGCCCCUGAGGUAACUACUGCUGCAGGAGAGCCAGUGUCCUCUGAGCCCUUACCUUCAGCUCAAAGUGAGCCCACAGAAACAACACAGGAAGCAGCAUCGUAGACUGGCUCACUGUUUCUUCAGCCAGAGACUCCUGUGAACCACUGAAAGAUAACAAAGGUGUUUUUCACUAUAGUAGCCAGCCUCAACUCCUGGCAGAUGAUUCCUAAUUAGUCACAGUUUGUCAGUUGGUAAUUGACAGUUUCUGGGAAGUAACAUAUGUCUUGAAAACAAACAUCUUCUACACAUGUCGUGAAAAACAGGAAAAUGGUUGUUUUUAGAAUUUACGGCUCAUGGUCAAAUUUUGCUUUGCAUCUAUGUCUCAAAACAUGGCUGUAGUAAAAUACCGGCUGUCACCUUUAGUAUUUCUCCUUCCCGUAAGUGGGGAAAAAUGAAUGGAAUUCUUGCAUGUUAACUUAGGUCUGUCCAUCUGAGGUUAAUGUGAGCGUAGCUUUUAUGUCUUUAUUCAAGUUGGUUUGCAGACAGAGGAAACAAUUGAUUUCUAUGCCACAAGUUUAUUUUUUCUCCAUGGCCUCAUCUGUGUGAUAGCAGGCACCCCUCAACAAGGUAAAUAUAUUAAUUUUAAAAUAUUUUUUUUUUAAAUUUGCCAAUAUGUUAUGUCAAACACUGAAUAUCUGCUUAAGCAAUUCUGUUAUAAUUGAAGCGCCAUUUAUUUUUCUUUUGUUGUUUUCAUCUCAUCUUCUUUUGCUUGUCAGCCAGUCAGGCACAGCUUUGAAAGGACUAUGGCGAUCUCAAAAUCCAGUCAAGCUACUUGUACGUGUUUUGAAUGGAGAAGGGCAUGUGAUUAGAAAUGAAGAAGUACAAAUUGGGGAAAAUGUCCUUCUGGAUGUUGGGGUAAAUUACACUGAGAAUUCUUCCAGACUUGGUCCAGUAACUGAUAAAUCUGUGACAUGUGCACAUUGACUGGCCAGUGCCCAAUGUCCUUAAAAAAAAAUCCAAUCACAAAACAUGGUUUUAUUUAAGUUUUUAAAAGUAACUCACUAGUCUUCUUUUUUUUUUUUUAAACUGAUAACAGGAAUUACACCCAAUUGUGAUAAAGUAACACACUUGUUAUUCUAAUAUUAUCUAGAGAAUCAAAGAUGCUUCACAUUCUUUGUACUCUACUGUACUUAUCCUGAUGUCAUUCUACAGCAAAGUUGUCAUGAAAAUCUUUUCCUCAUAUUGUUUGGUUACAGAAAUAUUGGACAAACAAAAACAAUUGUAGAGGCUGAAAACCAAGGAGUUUAACUUUAACAGUGGCGUAAUAAAAUAUCCUUUGCUUUACGGACAUUUUGACUGAUGGGCCAAGAGGAAUUUCAGAUAAGACAUUUCAACAAAACGUGCUCAAAAACUAAGGAUGAAAGAAAAGUUACGUCCAGGUGUAUCAUCAUGUAUCUCCCUUGGAAUAUUUUGUGAGUAAAGAAAUUUGAUAUUAUAUAAAUGGGCUUUAUUCUAGAAGUUGGAGUGAUCUAGACAUAGAGAUGUUGUUAUAAAAUAAAUUUUAGUAUGUCCAUUUCCAAAGAAAUUGACUUGUACCCCGAUGAGCAACAUCUGUUCAAGAACUGCUGGAUUUUCAUCUUGGUUUCUGUUAAAUGUUUAGUCAGUCUUUCAAAACUAACAUCUACAUCAUAAAGGUUCAGUAAAAUUCCAAUGGAAAUUCUAAGAUCUGCAUACUUAGUAAAUUUUCUUCUCUGUCGUCUUAACUUUCACACUCCUGCCUAAAGGUGUAUAUUUUUAUUUUUCAGUUAAAGAAAUAAAGCAGAACCUUUUGUAGAUCCAACAGAGGAAAAUCCAACACAAGGUUAUUUUAGAAGUAAAAGUUUAUUUUAAAAGUGUUGUACUCCACAAAAAAUUCAGGCUAUUUGAGCAUUUUGUAUAAACACAAGUUAGUAGGCAGGUUCUGUAAGUUUUAUGUUUAUGGUGGUCUUUUGUUUUUCCUAUGUGUAUAGAAGGAAGGGGGCAAUAUCUUAGAUCAGACGAACUGAAUUGUAUUUUGGAAUGUUUAUCUGUUCGCCUUACGUAUGUCAGUCAAACUCAGAUAUAAAUUAGUUUUGGCCACAUGAAAAUGCAAAAUGAAACCCUGUAGUCUUUAUGUUUGUCUUUGAUAAACGCAGCUUUCAAACUUAAGUGUCUGUUUCACUGAAGACACACUGUAUCUGAUAAUAAGUCGUUAACAUCCGAAGCCCAGAUUCUGCAAGCCCAACUCGUUUUGGAAUAAUUUAAACACAGGCACCGGGGGCAAAACUAGAGCGAUGAAAUGAAGAGUAUUGCUUGGCACACACUGCUGUAAAUAUGCUUGUAUCACUGACAAUUCCAAGGUGUCAUGGUUAUUGUUGUUCAUCAUUGUCGUGAUUCGUUUAUCAGAGAGAGACAAGUUGACGUGGAAGGAAUAACUGAGGCCCUUUGCUUUAAUGUUUUUAACUCCUCAUGGUUUGAAAGUUGACAGAUAUUUCUAUGAUUUGUUAAAAAUACAAAAGACAUGGACAUAAAAUCUUCAAUAUUUCA